UAAAAAAACAACAUGGCCGCUCCUAAUAAACAUAUGUCUGAGCGUUGAGUAUUCCUAAAAACAUACAGAUGCUGAAACUAUAGGAAAAAAAUUGUUUAACAUUGCCAUUUGAUCGAUUUCGGUUAGGAUGUCGGAAAAAUACCAAUUCUCUACAGCUCGAACGUAGUUAUUUCAUCACACUUUUAUAGAACGCGUACAGUCCUGUGAAUCAGUCAAAAUCUUGCAACCAACAAAUCAUGUCAAUCCUCUUCGAAUUUUGUAAAAUCGAAGCGAAAAAUAAUUUCGAUUCCAUCAAUGUUACAAGACAACGAAUCUUAUCUAAGCUCAUAAAAAUUCGAUUUGUUAAUAAUUACGAAAUUAUAGUGAACACCAAUUCUAUUUCAUUUUCAUAGUGGGACACUAUUUAUAUGUCUGAGGUCUGUGCUUUGAUACAGUGACGAUGGAUGAGAAGUUGGUUGAGGGAGAGAUAAAGCCAAAGAUAACGCGUUCACGAGCGAGACACAUAAGGAGGAAGCGUUUGAUAAGCGCGAGACGAGCGGCGGAGAACGGUAAUUCAAUAGUGCAGAGCAUCGAAACUGAGCAAUCGAUCGAUUCGAAAAAUCCGGACGAUUCUCGAGUCACAGAUUCUUUGAGCAAAUCGAAAGCACGAAGAUUACGAAAAAGAAACAAGACUCAAAACGACGAAAGUUCGGAGAAAAUAUUGAUCGACAAACCAGAAACUUUGGAUUCACCGUUACAAGAGGAUAAAUCUUUCCGCGACGAAAUAAUCGUUUCGUCCAGUAAAUCAACGAGCAACAACGAAUUUUCGAACGGCACGACAGUAACGGCGAACGAACACGAAUUACUCGAAAACGAAAAGAACCGUAAACUCAACGAAAGCACAAAAUCGAGCAGCGAUUCGUCCAGACGAAUUAAGGAGGAUCACGAAUCGGGAAUAAUAACGAUCGAUUCCGUGAAGAAUUUUAUAACUGGUAGAAGCUCACGAAUAAUCAUUGAGAGAGAAACGAGAGAAGAGCCCAAAGUCGCUUCGGUUACUAUAGAAGAGUCGUCAAGUCUCCCGGAUCAAAAAAAAACGUGUGACAAGAAAAAAUCCGUCAACGCCUUGGACGAGAAUGUUAGCGAGUUGGAUUUAAAGAUCGAGAAUCCUGGAGAUUGUACAAUGAGCGAUCAAGUAACGGGGAAAAUGAAUUCCCAAGAGAAAUCUCGCGAUCAAAUAAAAGCGGAUCGCGAGGCGAAAAAAGCUGCAAAAGCGGCCGCGAAAAACAAGGUAAAAGUAGCAAAACCGGAAAUCGUGAAAAAUGUAAGUUCAACCGCGAGUGUGACCGAAACUUCGCAGCAGAAAAGUCGAGAGUCGCGGGGCGACGUCGUUGAUGGUGAGAUUAUAGCAAAGUUUAACAAAGUCACAAUUUCACCGGUUUGCAAAGGUAAAACCGAAGUCGAUAAAGUUGUACUGCGGUUGGAACCGAAAAUCGAGGAAAAGAGUAAAUCAGAAUUACGAGCUGAGAGAAGAGCGAAACAGGAAGCUCAGAGGGCAGCGAAACAGAGUCAAAUUUCAGAGAAGCAGAAGCCAAAAUCCGGGGAGAUUGUACAGGAAAUUGGUAAACCAGUACCUGAAAAGUUAGAGGAAACGAAAAAAAUCGCUAACCGAGGAAAAAUCGUCAAACCGCACGUUGUCAAUCCACACGAAGUUAAUUUGUUUAAACAUCUUUAUCACGAGAGAGAACAAGCUCUCAUUAACGUGCCCAUCGUUAAUUCAAAUAUUCAUCCCGCAAUCGUACGAUUAGGUGUUCAAUAUGCCGACAAAGUCAUUGUCGGUAGUAACGCGAGAUGCGUCGCUCUUUUAGCUGCAGUGAAACAACUUAUCCACGAUUUUGAAAGAUCUUCUCAGGCUGAUUUCACGAGAGGACUCGAAACGAGUUUACAAGAAUCUUCCGCUUAUCUUCAUCACUGUCGACCCCUCGCUGUUUCGAUGCAGAAUGCUCUUAGGCACCUCAAAUGGCAAAUGACCCAAUUAGAAGCGACUACGCCCGACGAAGAUGCUAAAUCGAGAUUGGGCAAUGCCAUUGACACCUACAUUCAAGAACAAAUUCAACUGGCCGACAAAGCGAUUUCUAUCACAAUUCAAACAAAAAUUUCCAAUGGAGAUGUUAUCUUGACUUAUGGAUACUCUUCGUUGAUUUAUAAAAUUCUCUGUGAUGCUCAUGAUGCUGGCAGACAAUUUCGCGUGGUAGUUGUCGAUGGAAGACCGUGGCUCGAGGGUCGAGAACAACUUCGACGAUUAGCGAAACACGGACUCGAAUGUUCUUACGUUUUGAUCAAUGCUCUCAGUUUCAUUAUGCCCUCGGUAAGCAAAGUAUUCCUCGGGGCGCAUGCAAUUUUGGCGAACGGCGCAGUCAUGUCAAGAGUCGGUACAGCACAAGUUUCACUUAUGGCUAAAUCCUUCAAUAUUCCGGUAUUAGUUGCUUGCGAAACGCAUAAAACUUGUGAACGUGUACAAACGGACUCCAUUGUUUAUAACGAGAUAGCCAAUCCUGAUGAGCUUGCUCACAGUCCAAUGGGAAGUAUGAGAAAAACUACGUUGUCCAAUUGGCGAGGAAAAAAAUCGUUAAAUUUACUCAAUAUAACGUACGACGUGACCCCGGCGGAUUUGGUAACAGCGGUCGUUACCGAGUUAGCAAUACUACCGUGUACCAGUGUACCGGUAAUUCUGCGAAUAAAACCAUCGGAAAUUUAAGAUUUUCCAUUAUUUGAGAUGUAGCAAACGGCAUCGCGCAACUUGAACGACGAUUUUCAAAUAUCGAAGGUACAUGUUUUUCACUCAUAAAUAAAAUAAUAAAAAUAUAAUUCCCAGCUUCAAAUGGAAUAAAAAAAAAAAAAAAACACUCACCCUUGGAUUUUAUAAUAGUUGUACAUUAUUUUGGGUAUUUUUCAAUAAAUGACUUUGCAAAUCGCUCGAACAUACGAACAGACACGAUUUCGUCAAUUCGAUAUUCUUCGUAGUCAAGUUAUCGAUUAUUUUAUUCUUUUUUUUUUCUCAUUUCUGUUUUGACUGUCUUAAUUAUUGUUAAAUAUAAUUAUUGAUACAACUUUUCCUUUCAAGAACGAAUUAUUCUCAGUGGAGGGAGCGAAUUUUGUUCGAAACUUUUCCCGUAAUCAUGUAGAUCGACGUCAUCGCCAACUAAUUUUGUAACUAGAAAGAUAGACAAAUAAAAGCGUGAAGUUAAGGGCA